AUUUUUUUCCACGAAUAAUUUUUUUUUCUCGCUCCUCACACAACGAGGCUCUUUAAGUCCCGGCGCGCGACACAGAGCAGGCAUUCAGAGCGCGAGCGAGGGGGCUGAACCGACGGACUCUCGCGCUGGGCGGGCGACCUGCUUCAGUGCAGUUUUUCAGUAGAUCUAUAUCCUCGGGAAGACGGCGGAUGGAUUCAUUCUGAAAGAACGGAGAUAGUGAAAAAAUAAGCGUGUUGAAUUUCCUCUGUAGGACCUCAAAUACAUAUUCAAUAAUAAUAAUAAUAAUAAACAUUGGAAACUGUUUUAGAGAGGAAAAAGGCAGUUUUUAGAGAACAAACAUAAAAAACAGAGACCCUGUGAGGAAAAUCUAGACCUACCUUAGACACCUGUGGCCGCAGAACAAGAGGACCGAUGUCGGCGGAGGAGCACAGUAUGUCAGAGGUGGAAAUGAGUCCCGGGGUCUCGGAUGACGGUCACUCCAUGUCCCCCAGUCACUCGUCUGGCGCUCCCGGCGGGGCAGACUCCCCUCUUCCCGGUCAAGCGUCUCAGAUGCCGGGCGUCGGUGAUGAUGAGCCUGGCGUCUCCGGGGUGUCGGUGAAGUCCGACGAAGACGACGACCGCUUCCCCAUCGGCAUCCGCGAGGCGGUCAGUCAGGUGCUCAACGGCUACGACUGGACGCUCGUGCCGAUGCCCGUGCGCGUGAACUCGGGCAGCAAGAGCAAGCCGCACGUGAAGCGGCCGAUGAAUGCGUUCAUGGUGUGGGCGCAGGCGGCGCGCAGGAAACUGGCGGAUCAGUAUCCGCACCUACACAACGCCGAGCUCAGUAAAACACUCGGAAAACUCUGGAGGCUCCUGAAUGAGUCGGAUAAGAGGCCGUUUAUCGAGGAAGCCGAGCGUUUGAGGAAGCAGCAUAAGAAAGAUUACCCAGAGUACAAGUACCAGCCACGUCGACGUAAGAACGGCAAACCGGGAUCCAACUCUGAGGCCGACGGCCACUCUGAGGGUGAAGUCAGUCACAGCCAAUCGCAUUACAAAAGCCUGCACCUGGAGGUGGCACAUGGCGGGGCCGCAGGAUCACCAUUGGGCGAUGGACACCAUCCUCAUGCUACAGGUCAGAGUCAUAGCCCUCCGACGCCCCCUACCACUCCUAAAACAGAAUUGCAGGGGGGUAAAUCCAGUGAGGGGAAGCGUGAGGGUGGAGCCUCCAGGAGCGGUUUAGGGGUCGGAGCAGACGGAAGCUCCGCCUCCUCAUCCGCCAGCGGAAAACCGCAUAUUGAUUUCGGAAAUGUGGACAUUGGCGAGAUUAGCCAUGAUGUGAUGGCCAACAUGGAGCCGUUCGAUGUAAAUGAGUUCGACCAGUACCUGCCGCCCAAUGGGCACCCGCAGUCAUCGAGUGGCACAAGCGCCGGUUCUUCAGCUUCGCCAUACACUUACGGCAUCUCCAGUGCACUGGCAGCCGCUAGCGGUCACUCCACCGCCUGGCUUUCCAAGCAGCAGCUGCAGUCCCAGCAGCACUUGGGAUCGGAUGGUGUGAAAACACAGAUUAAGAGUGAGACGCACUUCUCCAGUGAUGCAGCGGCUGCAGCUAGUGGCUCACACGUCACUUACCUGCCACACUACAGCGCCGCCUUCCCUUCGUUGGCAUCCCGCGCGCAGUUCGCCGAAUAUGCCGAGCACCAGGCAUCCGGCUCGUACUAUGCCCACUCUAGCCAGACUUCUGGCCUCUACUCCGCCUUCUCCUACAUGGGCCCUUCGCAGAGGCCCCUGUACACCGCCAUUCCAGAUCCCGGCUCCGUGCCACAGUCACACAGCCCGACGCACUGGGAGCAGCCCGUAUACACCACCUUAUCUCGACCGUGACACAACAUUCUGGUUUGGUAUCCAGUCGCUGAAGGGUCCAACAGAAGUGUGACUGAAAAUCAUGACAAACGCUCACCUGCACCACAAUCUGCACAGACUGAAAUCUGAGAAAAACUUCUGCAGGGAACAUAUUCUCACAUGCCUCAGGCUUAUAAAACCUUCACGACCCAACACAGAUUCACUCAAUGCUAGAUGAAAUGAAGGAGGCAGAAAUUUGACACCAGUGGUCCUCCAUGAGACAAAUUACCAAAGUUCUGAGACCAAAACAUUACAAAAAUCCAACAAAAAUUGGUGCAGUUUCUGAACUCUGUUUAGUUUGGUAGUAAUACUCAAACCAUACAUCGACCCGCUCAACUUCACUCAAAUAUAAAUACACACAAACAGACUUACACCUGAUGCUAUUAUCUGUACAUCCAUGUUUGUGUUUUUUUAUUUUUAUUUGUAUGAAUGAAUAAUCUCUUUUUAUUAACCAAAAUAAGGCCAUAUUGUUUUUAUCAACAAAUAAUGACGUUUUCAUUGUUGUAAUCUUUUCUAUUGUUAUUACUCUUGUUAUUUGUAUUGCCAUAACUACACUGAAAAGUCUUUACCACUGUCUAGUGUUUCUUAAUGACAUUUGUGUUUUAUGACUUUCAGCGUGUGUAAAUAUCAGUGCCAGGAUGCGAUAAUUACGUGUUUUUACCUAUUUUACUUUAUUAACACACAGGUGGAGUACUGUAAUGCAAUGUUUCCGUCACAUCGGAAUUAGCCUAAUUUCGAGUUUCCGGUAUAUGAAUGACCUUUUUUAGAUAACACCGCAAGUGCUGCAGUCCAUCGGCUACUGUUUGAAAAAUCUGAAUUAAAUCACACAGAUCUAUUUUCAAACCGCAAAUUUUAUAACUCGUUAGCUUAUAGGAAUAUUUUUAUGCCCACGUGACAAUGUAAUGUGGGAUUUUGCAAGAGCGCCGUUUUGUAUUUUGUGGAAAUAAUGUCAUUGCGGUAUUAUUUUGUAAAGACAGUAUGUUACUGUAAACUUUUAGUUAUUCGACAUUUUCUUCCCUUUGGUACUUUUAUAGUUUUGGCCCUCUUUAUUAGUCCUAUUCAGAAACAGCAAACCAACAGCUUUCUUGUUAUAUAUUACAUAAUUUUAUUUAUAUUUGUUGUGUUUGUUUGCGUUUUUUUAUCAGUAGCAUUUUAUUCUGAUGUUGGAAACUUUGUGUAAUUUUGUGGUGGGUAAAAGUGUUGUUGUUUUUCUUUAUCAGUGUAAAUAGAAGAGAUGCAGUGACUAACUUCCCUCACUUUAAAUAAAGCUGCAGUCUGUACAAA